AUGAGUGAACAACCUGUCUUUUUCUUUGACUGCGAUAACUGUCUUUAUGCAACACGAACAUUGCGAGAGAGAUACUUUUUGGAUUAUGGACUCUCUCUCAGAGGUCUUAUCAAGCAUCACCAAAUCGAUGCUGUUGAGUAUGAUAAGCAGGUCGAUGGCACAUUACCCCUUGAAGAUGUUUUAAAGCCUGAUCCAGAACUGCGCGACAUGAUACAUGGUCUCAAAAUAAGAAAAUGGGUUUUCACUAAUGCUUAUCUACCGCAUGCCGAGAGAUGUCUUAAAAUUAUGGGCUUGUCUGAUGAAUUUGAAGGCAUCACAUAUGCUAACUACAAGGAUCCCGAUUUUGACUGCAAACCAGAACUUGCAUCUUUCAAGAGAGCCAUGAAGGAAGCAGGUAUAUCAGACCCUUCUCUUUGCUAUCUUGUGGACGAUUCUGGUGCAAAUAUUGAUGCUGCAAAGGCAUUGGGCUGGACAACUGUUCAUGUUGCAGACGAUCCAGCAACAUCUAACCACGGAGACUAUCAAAUUGAUGACAUUCACAGCCUACAUAAAGUACUCCCAGACCUAUGGAAGUAA